GAAAAACAUCCCAACUCACCAAUGACAGCAAAGCAGAUAUUGGAAGUCAUUCAGAAAGAAGGGUUAAAAGAAACAAGUGGAACCUCUCCAUUAGCCUGUCUGAAUGCAAUGCUUCACACUAACACUCGAAUAGGGGAUGGAACAUUCUUCAAAAUCCCUGGAAAGUCAGGCCUCUAUGCUCUCAAAAAAGAGGAGUCGUCAUGCCCAGCGGAUGGCACAUUGGAUAUAGUUUGUGAAUCUGAAUUGGAUGGUACAGAAAUGGCCGAGGCAAAUGCCAAUGGAGAGGAAAAUGGAGUCUGUGCGAAGCAGGUAACUGAUGAAGCAUCUUCCACUCGAGAUUCAAGCCUGACGAACACAGCAGUGCAAAGCAAGCUAGUGUCUUCCUUUCAGCAACACACCAAAAAGGCUCUUAAACAGGCUUUGAGGCAGCAGCAAAAAAGAAGAAAUGGAGUCUCAAUGAUGGUAAACAAGACUGUUCCUCGUGUUGUUUUGACACCAUUAAAGGUGUCUGAUGAGCAGUCGGAUUCGCCUUCAGGAUCUGAAUCUAAAAAUGGUGAAGCAGACAGUUCAGAUAAAGAAAUGAAACAUGGGCAAAAAUCUCCUACUGGAAAACAAACAAGUCAGCACUUAAAACGAUUAAAAAAGUCUGGUUUAGGACACUUGAAAUGGACCAAAGCUGAGGACAUUGACAUAGAAACCCCAGGAUCUAUUCUUGUCAACACUAAUUUGAGGGCACUAAUAAAUAAACAUACAUUUGCUUCCUUACCUCAGCAUUUUCAACAGUACCUCCUGCUUUUGCUUCCAGAAGUGGAUAGGCAGAUGGGAAGUGAUGGAAUUUUACGCCUCAGUACUUCAGCUCUAAAUAAUGAAUUCUUUGCAUAUGCAGCACAAGGGUGGAAACAGCGGCUGGCAGAAGGAGAGUUUACCCCAGAAAUGCAAUUGCGGAUAAGGCAAGAAAUUGAGAAGGAAAAGAAAACAGAACCUUGGAAAGAAAAAUUCUUUGAAAGGUUUUAUGGAGAAAAGUUGGGCAUGUCAAGAGAGGAAUCUGUGAAACUCACUUCUGGACCAAACAAUGAUGGAGCUGAAAGUAGUUCUUCAUGUGGAACCUCUGGCCUACCUGGUUCUUCUUCACAGACUGUCCUGGAAGAACAACAGCCAAAAAGCACGAAAAGUCCAGCUUCUCCAGAGCCUGAUUUUUGUGCUACUCUUUGUCCUAUGGUAGAGGUCCCAGCUAAGGAUGUAAUGGCAGAAUCGGAGUCAGAGGAUAUCUUGAUCCCUGAAGAAUCUGUGAUUCAGGAAGAAAUUGCAGAAGAGGUAGAGACUAGUAUUUGUGAAUGCCAGGAUGAAAAUCAUAAGACAAUACCCGAAUUUUCUGAGGAGUCUGAAAGCCCAGCCAACUCUCAUGAGGAACCCCAAAUAGCACCUCCUGAAGAUAACUUGGAAUCCUGUGUUAUGAUGAAUGAUGUUUUAGAAACUUUGCCGCAUAUCGAAGUUAAGAUAGAAGAGAAAUCAGAACCUCCCCAGGAAGAAAUGUCAGUUGUUAUUGAUCAGUUAGAAGUCUGCGACUCUCUUCUUCCUUCCACUCCGUCUGUGACUCAUGCCAGUGACACAGAACAUAAGGAGCCAGAAACUGCAAUAGAUGACAAUGCUGCAAAAAUAAAAACAGGGUCAUCUUCUCUAGAAGCCCAGUUUCCAAAUGAAGGAAUUUCUGUAGAUAUGGAGCUGCAGAGCGAUCCUGAUGAACAGCUUUCUGAAAAUGCUUGCAUCUCUGAAACUUCUUUCUCUUCAGAGAGCCCAGAGGGAGCCUGUACCAGCCUGCCAUCCCCAGGAGGGGAAACCCAAUCCAUGUCAGAAGAAUCAUGUGCUCCAGCCUCGCUUGAGACAACGUUUUGUUCUGAGGUGUCCAGCACUGAAAAUACAGACAAAUAUCAUCAGAGAAACCCAACUGAUGAAAACCUUCAUGCAUCUCUGAUGUCAGACAUAUCUCCAAUAUCCACUUCACCUGAAAUAUCCGAAGCAUCUCUUAUGUCCAACUUACCAUUAACAUCUGAAGCAUCGCCGGUAUCCAACUUACCUUUGACAUCAGAAACAUCACCGAUGUCGGAUUUACCUUUGACAUCAGAAACUUCUUCAGUGUCUUCCAUGCUUCUCACGUCUGAGACCACUUUUGUGUCCAAUUUGCCACUUCCUUCACAAACAUCUCCAAUUUCUAAUUCUUCCAUAAACGAAAGAAUGCACCAACAAAGAAAGUCACCUUCCAUAUCUGAAGAACCACUCUCUCCACAGAAGGAUGAGCCUUCUGCCCCUGCAAAACCCUUGGGGGAGAACCUUACCUCCCAGCAGAAGAUUCUGCCCAGUGCUCCUGAACCCAUCAACACGAGUGCUUCUUCCAUUGCUCCCGAAGCCUUUCCAUCGGAAGAACUGCAUAGUAAGACCCUGAGUCAGCAGCCUUGUAAAUCACAUGUUGAGAUGGAGAAGCCCUACCCUGCUUCUAUUCCAGAACUCCCUUCUACUGAAAUGAUAAAAAUCAAAAAUCACAGCGUCCUGCAAAGGACAGAAAAGAAAGGAAUAUCCUCACCAUUAGAGUUAUCUGUCUUCUCUGAAGAGACAGAGAGUAGAGGAAAUGAGCUUCCAUCAGCGAAAUUACAGGACAAACAGUAUGUCUCAUCAGUAGAUAAGGCUUCAUUUUCAGAAGGCUCUAGAAAUAAAACACACAAGCAAGGGAUCACACAGAAUUGGUUGGAGACCUCACAUGCUUCCAAGUUUUCAGAGCCCUCCAGGUCACCUGAUGGGAUAAGAAAUGAAAAUAGAGAUUCAGAGAUUUCAAAGAGGAAAACUGCAGAGCAGCACAGUUUUGGAAUCUGUAAGGAAAAGAGAGCAAGGAUAGAAGAUGAUCAGUCAAUCCGGAACAUAUCAUCUAGCAGCCCACCUGAGAAAGAACAGCCUCCAAGAGAGGAACCCAGAGUUCCCCCUCUCAAGAUCCAGCUUUCCAAAAUUGGGCCACCUUUCAUUAUCAAGAGCCAACCAGUGUCCAAACCAGAGUCUCGAGCAUCCACUAGCACAUCCGUCAGUGGGGGGAGGAAUACAGGAGCCAGGACCCUCGCAGAUAUCAAGGCCCGUGCCCAACAAGCCCGGGCCCAGCGGGAGGCUGCUGCAGCUGCUGCUGUAGCCGCUGCAGCAAGCAUCGUCUCUGGAGCCAUGGGGAGCCCAGGAGAGGGUGGAAAGGUGAGAACUCUAGCACACAUUAAAGAGCAGACAAAGGCUAAGCUCUUCGCAAAGCAUCAAGCCCGAGCCCACCUCUUCCAGACCUCAAAGGAGACCCGGUUGCCUCCACUCAGCUCAAAAGAAGGGCUUCCAAACUUAGAAGUCUCUUCUACCCCUGAAACAAAAAUGGAAGGUUCAACUGGUGUCAUUAUAGUCAAUCCAAACUGCAGAUCUCCUAGCAACAAGUCUGCGCACCUCCGGGAGACCACCACUGUAUUACAGCAGUCUCUUAACCCCACUAAACUUCCAGAAACUGCCACUGACUUAUCUGUGCAUAGUUCUGAUGAAAACAUAGCAGUGUCACAUUUAUCUGAGAAAAUUGUUUCAUCUACCUCUUCUGAAAAUAGCAGUGUGCCCAUGCUUUUUAAUAAAAAUUCUGUCCCUGUGUCUGUUUGCAGCACUGCUAUAUCAGGAGCAAUUAAAGAACAUCCCUUUGUGAGUUCUGUUGAUAAAUCCUCUGUUCUAAUGUCUGUUGACAGUGCAAACACUACAACUUCUGCUUGUGAUAUAAGCACGUUAAAAACCAUCCAGGGAACUGACACUCCAUGCAUAGCCAUUAUACCAAAAUGUAUUGAAAGCACUGCUCUUCCGGCCACUACAGAGGGCUGUGGCAUAUCGAGCUCCAUGAAUGAUAAGCAGUUGUUAAUAUCAAACAGCAAUGCCAGUAACUUAGUCACCAGUCAGUACACUUCUGUGCCAACUCCCUCCAUUGGAAGUAAUUUGCCAAACCAUCUCUCCACUAGCUCUGUCUUGAUUCCCCCAAAGGGCAUUAGCAACAGAUUUCAUUCUGAGAAGAUAGCCAUGCCUGGGAGUGAAGAACAGGCCACCGUAUCCAUGGGUACCACUGUGCGAGCAGCCCUCAGCUGCAGUGAUUCAGUAGCAGUCACAGACUCUCUGGUGGCACGCCCACCCGUCGCAAUGUUUACUGGAAACAUGCUAACAAUAAACUCUUACGACAGUCCUCCCAAGUUAAGUGCCGAAAGCUUGGACAAAAAUUCAGGGCUUCGAAACAGGGCAGACAGUUCUGGGAAACCUCAGCAGCCACCAGGGGGUUUUGCCCCAACAGCCAUAAACAGAUCUAUUCCAUGCAAAGUCAUUGUUGACCACAGCACCACGUUGACCUCCAGUUUGUCUUUGACUGUCUCCAUUGAAACUGCAGAAGCCAGCGGGGACCUCCAGAACAGGGCAGCAAAGACUGAGGCCUGCAUACAGCCUACGGCGUGUCCUCAGGUAUCUGUUAUCAGCAGGCCUGAGCCAGUUGCAACUGAAGGCGGAGAUCAUGGUUCUAGUCUCACUGGGGCUUCUGCAGUAAACCAAGACUGUAAAACAUUGAAGGCCACCUGCACAGGUCCUCGGGAAUUACCCCUUGUGGUUACAGAUAAGUUAAAUGAGGCGACUGCUCCUAGUCAUAGCUUUGCCGAGCAGGCACGUGGCCCAACUACUUUCAAAGGUGAAGCAGACACAGCCUGUAGCAAUCAGUGUAACCCAGGUAACCGGAUCUGCUGGAACGAUGAUGUGAUGAGGAGCACAGGACAACCUUUGGUUAGUCACUCGGGUUCAAGUAGACAGAAGGACUACAUAGAGCAGAGCGGUCCAAAGGCUAUCAAAACUGAACACGCCAGCUACUUGAACAUGUCAGAACUUCACUCUAGGAAUCUCAUAGCGAAUGUCACUCUUCCUGUGAAAUCCGAACUUCACGAAGUGGACAAGGGCUUUAGAAUGGACACAGAGGGCUUCCCUGCUCCUGAGCUGCCUCCUCCGGCUGCAGAGGUAGCCUCUAGUACACAACAAGCACAGAACGUGAAAGCUUCCACCAUGAGUCCUAUGGAAGAGGUUAUUUCCUUGGCUACGGACACCCUGAAAAGAGUUCCCAGUGCAGCAAGCUCGAGCUGUCGUCUGUCGUCUGUGGAGGCUAACAAUCCACUAGUGACACAGUUACUACAGGGCAACCUGCCUUUGGAGAAAGUGUUGCCACAGCCCAGGUUGGGAGCCAAGCUCGAAAUCAACAGGCUUCCUUUGCCUCUUCAAACUACCUCAGCGGGUAAAACAGCAGCAGAGAGGAACGUCGUUGAAAUGCCGUCCAACUCUCCAAAUCCAGAUGGUCGGGGCUACUUGGCUGGGACCAUUGUACCACUGCAAAUGAGGAAGCGAGAAAACCACCCCAAAAAGAGAGUUGCCCGGACUGUGGGGGAACACACCCAAGUGAAAUGUGAAGCAGGGAAAUUGUUGGUGGACCCAGAUAUUAAAGGGGUGCCUUGUGUCAUCAAUGCCAGCAUGGCUCAGCUAGGACAUAGCCAGCCAUUUAAGCAAGACUGGCUGAACAAGCACUCCAUGCAGAACAGAAUUGUUCACAGCCCUGAGGUCAAACAGCAGAAGCGGCUGCUCCCCUCAUGCAGCUUCCAGCAGAACCUGUUCCAUGUCGACAAGAAUGGUGGCUUCCACCCUGAUGCUGGUACGUCCCACAGACAGCAGUUUUACCAAAUGCCUGUGGCUGCCAGGGGCCCCAUUCCUACUGCAGCUCUAUUGCAGGCCCCUUCCAAGACCCCAGUGGGAUGUAGUGCAUUUACCUUCAAUAGGCAUCUGGAACAAAAGGGAUUGGGAGAGGUUAGCCUUUCUCCAGCACCUCACCAACUAAGGUUAGCCAACAUGUUAUCCCCCAAUAUGCCCAUGAAAGAAGGUGACGAGGUGGGAGGUACUGCCCACGCAAUGCCAAACAAAACGCUAGUGCAUCCGCCACCACCUCCCCCUCCUCCUCCCCCACCACCUUUGGCUUUGCCUCCCCCUCCUCCCCCACCACCUCCACUACCUCCACCUCUCCCUACUGCAGAAGUCCCAUCCGAUCAAAAACAACCGCCAGUUACCAUGGAAACCACUAAGAGACUUAGUUGGCCGCAGUCCACGGGCAUAUGUAGCAAUAUAAAAUCAGAACCUCUUUCUUUUGAGGAAGGUUUAAGCAGCAGCUGUGAACUGGGCAUGAAGCAAGUUUCCUAUGACCAGAAUGAAAUGAAAGAACAGUUAAAAGCAUUUGCGCUAAAAAAUGCAGAUUUCUCUUCCUAUUUGCUCUCUGAGCCACAAAAGCCUUUUACCCAAUUAGCUGCUCAGAAAAUGCAGGUGCAGCAACAACCACAGCUCUGUGGAAAUUAUCCAACAAUACACUUUGGUAGCACGAGCUUCAAAAGGGCAGCAUCUGCAAUUGAAAAGUCCAUUGGGAUUUUGGGAAAUGGCUCCAAUCCUGCCACGGGUCUGCCCAGUCAGAAUGCUCAGAUGCCCGUUCAGAACUUUGCCGACAGCAGCAAUGCAGAUGAACUGGAACUCAAAUGCUCUUGCCGGCUGAAAGCCAUGAUUGUGUGCAAAGGCUGUGGGGCCUUCUGCCAUGAUGACUGCAUAGGUCCUUCCAAACUCUGUGUAGCUUGCCUGGUUGUACGAUAA